AGCGCGCGGGGAGAGACGGAGGGACUGGGCGGGGCUCCGGCUUCGGCUCCAGCUGCUGCGGCCGCAGGUUUCAGAGCGGGUCGGAGCUGGCGGGGGCGAGCCGCACACUGCAGCCCCAGCCCCGGGCUUCCCCGUCCGCGUCCCCGCUGCUGCCUCGCCUUGGCCAAGCCCCAAAGGCAAGGACAAAGGCUGUUCGGGAGGCUCCGCUGGAGCCAGAUUUUACCUGCAGUUGCCGGGAACCACAGGCUCCAAGAUGGUUUGCGGGGGCUUCGCGUGUUCCAAGAACUGCCUGUGCGCGCUCAACCUACUCUACACGUUGGUUAGUCUGUUGUUAAUUGGAAUUGCUGCAUGGGGCAUUGGCUUCGGGCUGAUUUCCAGUCUCCGGGUGGUUGGCGUGGUCAUCGCAGUGGGCAUCUUCUUGUUCCUGAUCGCGCUGGUGGGGCUGAUCGGAGCCGUAAAGCACCAUCAGGUGUUGCUGUUUUUUUACAUGAUUAUUCUCUUACUUGUAUUUAUUGUUCAGUUUUCUGUAUCAUGUGCUUGUUUAGCCCUGAACCAGGACCAACAGGGUCAGCUUCUGGAAGUUGGUUGGAACAAUACAGCAAGUGCUCGAAAUGACAUCCAGAGAAAUUUAAACUGCUGUGGGUUCCGAAGUUUUAACCCAAAUGACACCUGUCCGGCUAGCUGUAUUAAAAGCAGCCACUCGUGCUUACCGUGUGCUCCGAUAAUAGGAAAAUAUGCCGGAGAGGUUUUGAGAUUUGUCGGCGGCAUUGGCCUCUUCUUCAGUUUUACAGAGAUCCUGGGUGUGUGGCUGACCUACAGAUACAGGAACCAGAAAGAUCCUCGUGCUAAUCCCAGUGCAUUCCUUUGAUGAGAGAACAAGGAAAAUCUUUCCUAUUCUGAUCUUGUACACUUCCUCCAACAUUAAGUUAAGCUAAUUUGCCUGUUUAAGGAAUCAGUGUCUGAAAAAUUACAUUAUUGACUGUGGAAUUAUAUUUUUUACAUUUAUGUUUCUCUAGAUGGUUUUCUUUUUCCAUUGCUGAAAAAAAUCUGAAACUUGUGGUCUCCUCUGAACCUCAGUGGUACUUGUAAUCUACUGUAUUCACAGUGUCUAGCACUGUCCACUGUGGCCUUUCUUAGCAUUUUUACCUGCAGAAGAACUUUGUAUGGCACUAUUGUGUUAAUCAUAUUGUGAAUCUAAAUAUACAUCUCACUGGAACAAUUAAUUAUAUGUAGCACUGUGCUGUGUAGAUAGUUCCUCCUGGGAAAAAAAAGGAGUUGAAGUUUUUUGAAGCCAGAAAGUAUGAGAUUCAAUUACAUUAAGUUCAGUAAGGGAAUGUAAAUUCCCAUGUUUUUGUCUUCUUAGGAAAGAUGUAUUGUGGUGAAAAUUGUUCACAUAAAAGUAAUAAUUUAGUUCUAGUAUGCUUUCUGAUUACUCUAAUGUAUUCUAGAAAUAGAUAUAGGAAAGUGUGGUUUCAUUUUUUAUUUUUACAGGUAAGUACAAAAGAGAAAUGGUCUCAUGAAUGUUCUGAUGUGUAACAUUUGCCUUCAGACUUCAAAGUGGAAUGAGUUUGAGAAAUUCAGAGACUGUAUCUGAAUAAUCUUGGUAUUCUUUUUGUAAUAAUUUAAAGUCCAAAAGACUGCAUUUUUAAACAGUUACUAUUAAUGCAUUGGCCCACGUAGCAAAAAGAUAUUUGAUUACCUUAUAAAUUGUUAGAUACCUUUUCCAUGAAAUUUCUCAGUAUUGUAAUAGCAGCUAGUCAAAUCCGAGCAUAUUUGAGUGUGAUCUCCCACAAUUUGAAAUUGAAAUAGUAUCGUGGUUCUGUAUAUUAAAAAAUUAAAGUAUGGCGAAACUUU